AUGCCUAAACGACCCAUUUGCAGAAAAAAAUACACGGUUGCACCACCACCACCGCCUCCCAGAGGAUUGGCUCACAUCCACAAUGGAAACAAUGGAGGCGUAAAUGGUCAAGGAACAGGAAACUCCAACCAUGGAAUGAGUCAAGGGCCUACAAAAGUCUGCACUUACAAAGAUUUCUCUAAUGCAAAACCCCUAACAUUCAACGAAACCAGUGAGGUGAUAAAUUUAAAGCACUGGAUCGAGAAGAUCGAGUCAGUCUUCGAGAUAUGUGAAUGCCUUGAGGAGAGUAGAGUAAAGUUCGUGGAUUGGAUGUUUGUCAAUCGAGCAUUGUCACAGUGGAACGGCUAUGUUGAGGCCUUAAGACUUCCAGUAGCAAAUGCCAUGCUGUGGGAGGAACUCAAGGAGAUGAUGUUGGCUGAAUACUGUCCCCGUGGGGAAAUACAGAAGUUGGAACAGGAAUUAUGGAAUAUUACAGUGCAAAACUCUGAUAUUGAAGCAUAUAUCGCUAGGUUCAGCGAACUAGCACUUCUGUGUCUGGGAAUGAUCACCUCAGAGGGAAAGAAGAUUGAACGUUUCAUUUGGGGGUUAACUCCCCUAAUUCAAGGGAACAUGAUUACUGCAAACCCUAAAACUUUUGAUAAUGCAAAACAUCUAGCUCAUAAGCUCUAUGAUCAUGGAAACAAGAAAGGUACCAAAACUACUGAGACUGAAGCCAAUAAGGAAGAAAGUAACAAGAAGAAUUCGGGAAGUAAAAGGAAAAGAGGACAAUCUUCAGGAUCUUCCAAGAAACCGCAAAUUGUAGCAGUCCAUGCUGCUACUGCUCAAACCACACCAACCCCAUCCGCUCCAACCCCAAUCACACCAAAUCCUACCAACCCUUACGCCAGAACCUUACCGAAAUGUAACAAAUGCAACUUCCACCACAAUGGCGAGUGCCGAGAAAUGCAGUGUACCAACUGCAACCACAACGGGCAUACUGCCCGGUACUGUAGGACUAAGCCUCAACCAAACAAACAGCCUAACAACAACAAUGUCAGGCCAGUUAUACCUGCUAUGGAUGUGGAGAAACUGGUCAUUUUAUGCAAAACUACCCCAAGGCCAACACUCAAGGUGCAGGAGGAUCAGGUAGAGUUCUGA